GUGGAUAUUGCCCUACUUGCUCCCAGCAUUCGCUGAGCCUUGCUCGACUUGCUAUAAGUCUUGCAGCGACCACCUACACUGUUACUUGAUUCUGCUCAAGUUUUGGCUCAACUUGCCUCUUGCGCAGCGGCACGCGCAGCCUUAGAACCCAUCUAUAUGCAAUGAGCACACCGGAAGACUCUGUCCUGGCGGAGAAAGAUGAUGAGCUAUCCACCUCCAAGGGUCUAGUGCAGCGCGCUGUCGAUAGGCUUGGAAGAGCCAAAUCAAUUGGGAGCAGGACCCCCUCAUCCACACAAAGUGCAGUGAGUGUGGCCCCAAGGCGGUUAUUCAGUCUGCACCGUAAAGGGAAGAGUAGAGAGGAGUCAAGCGGCUUGACACUGGGAAUGAGCGAAGGUGACCUGCGGGGCCCUCAGUCCCCCCCUCUUACACCGCAAGGCGGGCCCAGCGAUGAUUCCCCUUUCAUACGACCCCCUUCCCCACCACCCACUUCAAGGUUAUCUCGGUCCAUGUUUCAGCUGUUUCGCGGAGACGGCUCUAUACGUGGAGGCACACACGCAAUAAUCCAAGCUCUGGGAGCUAUUCCGUUUACUGAAGACCAGGAAACUGACGAUGACCUGGGCAACCAUCACCCGACCCAGGUCGAGUCUGAUAGUGAACCGGAUGAGAACACUGACACGCCGAUGACUUCGUCUUUACAUACCAUCCACCGACCACUUGACAAGUCACGCCGAGGUGCAACGGCCUUGAGAAAUGUCUUCAGCGUCCGCUCCGAAUCUCCUGAAGAGGAGAAAGAACGGGAGACUCUUUCAAGCUCAGAAACUGACGAUGCCGACUUCGAAGUCGACACGCCUCGCAUGCCAGACUACACUCCCGCGGGACUCACGUCUAGUCCCAUAUCGACACCCUCGAUCCAUCGCGGUCGAGUUGAUGGUCCUCAGUCUUCUAUCACUCGUUCUGGGAGUAUGGCCACCGUUAGAUUACAGCGUCGGGCGCGCCUAGCCGAUAAAUUGAAGGACAUCUUUGAUCUUGAAGGGAUCGACGAGGUAGUGGCAGAAAUACCUUGUUGGCUUCUUCGAACCAUCCUACUGCAGGGUUACAUGUUCCUUACGAACUCUCACCUUUGUUUCUUUGCGCAUAUGCCUUCUAGAGAAAAUCAGACCCUGAAAUCUGGUUCGCUCAGUAAGAAGGCCCAACGCACGAAGCGAUGGAUCAAGCACUGGUUCGUCCUCAAGAAUGAUGUACUUUCCUGGUAUCAAUCAUCUUCGGACCCAUAUUUUCCUCACGGUGUCGUAGACCUUCGAUAUGCAAUCUCGGUGGAACCUGUAAAAGAUAAAGAGUUCCGUAUCCGUACCAACCAGAAGACCGUUCUUCUGGCCGCCGAUUCACCGUCGAGCAGAGAUGAAUGGGUAAAGGCUGUCCAUAAGGUGAUGUUCAAGGCGCAGAACAGUGGUGACUCCGUGAAGAUUGCCAUACCUUACUCGGCCAUCGUGGACGUGGAGAAGUCAUCUGCCCUCGACUUCAGCGAGACCAUCGAAGUGAAGGUUAUCGACAGAGACGACAGCGUUGUCGAUUCGUAUUUCUUUGCUUACUUCCAUGACUUGGACACUGCGUUAGAGCAGAUCCGCGAUGUGAUUCGCAAGUACCGUACUGUCCCCCAGGGUUCCUCCCCUCAGCCCAUAAUGGAUACAACGACCCCACGUCUACUUAAUGUUCCCUCACAACCAGCGGACCAGUCGGCGGAGCGGACUCACAGUCUCCCCGUUGCCGAUCACCUCACGAGGGCCUAUUCUGCCUUCAGGUUACCUUCCAUCUGGCCUGUCGGCCGCACGACUAGCGCGCCACAACAGUCACAGUCCACCGUGGAUGAUAACGAGGACUUCACCCACAUAUCCAAGAGGAAGAGCGGCUCGUCCUUCGUGCCCUUCACCACUUCUCCUAAGGGAGAAAAAUCACAGCUCCCGUCAGCCGACUCUGACGGUUUCGAGGGUUCGUCCCACGUGUCUUCCAGUGUCUCUUCUAACCAUACAUAUCCUCCCCAUCCUUCACCGUCGGAAUCAUUCCAUGCUGCAGGAGCGGAUCACACCGGCGGUCUAUGGGGGGUUCCUGCAUGGUUCAAGGUCCCGUCAAAGAGGAUGUUCACUUCUAGUUUUGUGUCAGAGUCUUACCCGACAUCCACCUCUCCUAGCGCGCGACACGGCGAACUGGGAUUCAGUGUCCUGGACAAGCCUGGGGCUGCCGUUGAUGCUGAUAUGCAAGAGAAGUUCCGCACCUACUUUGCUUUCGACGAACGGGAGACUUUGCUAGGCUACUUCCCUGGAUAUAUCUAUCGCCUUCUUCCUCAACCAGGUCGCCUCUAUAUAUCUACUAAUUAUUUCUGCUUCAAGUCCACUGGACCACUGUCCACGAGGCUCCGUAUGAUUCUUCCUAUCCGCGAUAUUUUAGCGGCACAGAAGUCGAAAGCCUUCCAUUUCUCGCAUUACGGGCUUAUAUUGAUCGUCAAAGGUUAUGAGGAGCUGUUCUUUGAGUUCCGCCUUGAGGAGCGGCGGAGGGCCUUUAUCAGUCUCUUAGAGAGACAGAUGGAUGUUGUUCAGAGUCAAGAGGGCAGCAAUCCGUCUAGCCCCGGUAGAAGUGAUGCCCUUAUUUUGGAGGGCUUUGGUUCGCGUACAUCACUCGUGCAGACUUCGGACUCACGGCCACCCCCGGAGUCAAUGGACCAAUCCGUGCCUGCGGUCAUGUUCACAUCCUCGUCCUCCACGUUCCUCACGUUCAAGCCGAAAGAGUCUUUGCACUUCACCUUCCUCACGAUAGGUUCUCGCGGUGAUGUGCAACCGUACAUAGCCCUCGCUAAGGGCCUCAUGGCGGACGGCCAUCGAGCUAGGAUCGCGACCCAUGGGGAGUUCAAGGAAUGGAUUGAAGCACAUGGGAUCGAAUUCUCAUGCGUAGGUGGCGAUCCUGCUGAACUGAUGCGUAUCUGCGUGGAGAACGGCACGUUUACUGUGGCUUUCUUGAAGGAGGGGCUUCUCAAGUUCCGUGGAUGGCUGGAUGACCUUUUGAAGACCUCGUGGGAAGCUUGUCAAGGUACCGACGUCCUUGUGGAGAGCCCCAGUGCUAUGGCAGGCUAUCACAUAGCCGAAGCGCUGGGCAUUCCAUAUUAUAGAGCUUUCACGAUGACAUGGACCCGAACUCGGGCAUACCCACAUGCUUUUGCAGUACCUGAACACAGGAUGGGCGGCAAUUACAACUACAUGUCCUACGUCUUGUUCGACCAAGUAUUCUGGAAGGCAAUUUCUGGUCAGAUCAACCGAUGGCGGAGGAAUGUCCUGAGACUCGGGGGCACCAAUUUAGAUAAGAUGGAGCCGCAUAAAGUUCCGUUCCUAUAUAACUUUAGUCCGACCGUGGUCCCGCCUCCUUUAGACUGGCCUGAAUGGAUACAUGUCACCGGUUACUGGUUCCUGGAUGACGCCGAAGUAGGGGCGAAGAAGUGGUCACCACCUCCCGAUCUUCUGGAGUUUAUCGACUCGGCUCAUAAUGCAGGGAAGAAGGUUGUGUACAUCGGGUUUGGAAGUAUCGUUGUGUCAAACCCUAAAGCCAUGACUCGCUGUGUUAUCGACGCCAUAGUCAAGAGUGGUGUCUGCGCGAUCCUGUCGAAGGGCUGGUCCGACCGGCUCCAGGUCAAGAACCCGGGUGAAGCUGCCGAGGUUGAGGAGCCUCUGCCGAAACAGAUAUAUUCGAUAGCCUCCCUGCCACAUGACUGGCUCUUCAAGCGCAUUGACGCUGCUUGUCAUCAUGGCGGAGCCGGGACGACAGGCGCCAGCCUGCGAGCUGGCUUGCCUACGAUCAUCCAUCCAUUCUUCGGCGACCAGUUCUUCUGGGCCGAUCGAGUGGAGGCCUUGGGCAUUGGCACAGGCGUGCGGCACCUCACAGUCGAAGCCCUGACUGCAGCGCUGCUCGCGGCCACGACAGACGAGAAGCAGAUCGCUCGCGCUCGUCAAGUUGGGGAGAAGAUCCGGAGUGAGAACGGCGUGGCGACUGCCAUCGAGGCCAUCUACCGCGACCUCGAGUACGCCCGCUCGCUCGUGAAGAAGCCGCACGAGGAGCCCGACGGCGAGAUCGCGACGAUCCGCGACGUCGAGCCACCGAGCAGCAGCGCGUCGGGCUCGACGCCCGAGCGCCCGAGCACCGCGCAGAGCUCCGUCGAGUCCGUCGACGGGAACGCGAGCGAGGACUGGAGCGUGAUUUCCGACGGGGGCAUGAGCGAUGGUCCACACAGCCGGCCGGACAUGCGCAGGCGGAGCAGCCUGGGCGCGGCGGUGCUGAAUGUCAUGCCGAAUGUGAUGAGGAGGUCGAGCUCGCCGGUGACGGGCAACGGCUCCGGGCAGGCGAACCUGCCUCGGUGUAGAUGA